AUGUCGGCGGUCGGGCCCAGGGUCGCGGGCGCAGCCCGGAGGCCGUCGUCCCCGAAACGCCCACCCUCGGCCGGCGCCGGUGGCGGCAGGGAGAGGCCGCAGCUGGCGCCCCGCGGCGACGACAACCCGCGGGUGUCGCUGUCGCCGGCGGCCGACAGCAAGGUGGCCAAGAAGAGGCUGCCGUCCGCCGCGGCGGCCGCGAGGGGCGCGCUCCCGUCCAUGCUGCUGCGCCGGUCCGAGCUGCUGCGCCGCGCCGGCGCCAGCGGCGGGAAGGGCAACGGGAGCCUGCAGUCGCUCAGCGUGUCGUGCGCCUCGGAGGCGUCCAACGACUCCUUCUGCAGCCGGGGGUCCACCGGCAGGAUCGGCCGGCCGCCGAUGGCGCCGCACGCGGGAGCCGCCCGGCGGAGGGCGGCCGGGUCGUCGGUGGGGCCUCCUUCUGCUCGCCCGGCGGUGCGGAAGGCGGCCAGCGUUGCGCCGGAUGGCACUGGAGCAGCUGCUGCGCCGAUGAUGAUCGGGGAACCUGCGGCGGCGCCGGGGCCGCCGAGGUGUCCCUGGGUGACCCGUAAUACCGAUCCGUGCUAUGCUGCUUUUCAUGACGAAGAGUGGGGAGUCCCGGUACAUGACGACAAGAAACUGUUUGAGAUGCUUGUUCUAUCUGGUGCGUUGGCAGAGAUCGCAUGGCCUGUAAUCCUCAGCAAGAGGGACACCUUCAGGGAAGUAUUCAUGGAUUUUGAUCCUCAGUUGGUGUCAAAGUUAAAUGAGAAGAAAUUCUUGGGGCCAUGCAGCCCGGCUAGGUCCCUGCUGUCAGAGCACAGGCUUUGUACGAUCGUCGAAAACGCGCACGAGUUAUUAAAGGUCAUAGAGGAGUUUGGAUCGUUUGACGAGUACUGCUGGGGCUUUCUGAACCACAAGCCUAUGAUCGGCAGAUACCGUGCCCCCCGGGAGGUGCCAUUGAGGACGCCGAAAGCCGAGGCCCUCAGCCAGGACCUGAUGAGGAGGGGCCUCCGCGGCGUCGGGCCGACGGUGAUCUACGCCUUCAUGCAGGCCGUCGGCAUGGCAAACGACCACCUCGUGACGUGCUAUCGUCUCGAGGAGUGCUCCGAAGCUUGUGACGGCGGGCAUGAUAACACCUUGGUGAAAGAGCAGGAGAUGAGCAAGAUGUGUGGCAUGGUAGAGUGUGUCAGCUUGGAGAAUUCAAUGACCAACACCGUGAUCAGCAUCUCGUAGCUAGCAAUCAGGAGUGGAUGUGCCUCUGUAUAUGUUUGUUUGAUUUGGGGUUUGACCGUUUGAGAAAUGUGUUCGAUUGGGUAGUUUGGUGAGUGAGAGUGGUGUUAUGGGAAAAAGAAAAAAUAUAGGUAGCUAAACCGCAGGAAGAGUUGUUUCAUAACAUUAACAAUUUACAGGGCAAGGCCGACGCUGAUAUUGUAAAGUUGAGAGAUUGUGCGUUCUCUGAUUGAUAUAUACACAAAAGAAGAAAAGUCCGAUUGUUAGGCUUUUGUUUGAUCAA